CACAGCAAAAUGCCUGAAGCUGAGGUAGUAUACUCCGAUGUGAAGUUUGCAAGAGGAAAAAAGGGAGCCAGUGAGGGUCCUCAACAAGCUGCAGUGAGCAAAGGGUCAAAGGUCACCUCAGAGAGAGUGGUCCUGGUGGUUCUCAGUGUUCUCCUGGCAGCUGCUCUCGUUGCUCUGUGUUUUACCACAUUUGAUAAAAGUAGAACUAACCAAGAGCUUGAAAAUCUGAAACUUAAAAAAACGAAGUGUGAAAGUAAUCUGACAGAAACUCUCUCUAAGAUAAAACCAUGCAGCACGGUGCAGCCGACCUGUCCAGUACCUACAGUAAUAGAUGAUCCUUGUUAUAAAUGUGAAGGAGGCUGGGAGCUACAUGGAGAAAAGUGCUAUUACUUCUCCAACAAUAAAUCAUCCUGGAACCAGAGCAGAGAUGAGUGUAGAGCUAAAGGAGGAGACCUGGUUAAGAUAGACAGCAGAGAGGAGCAGACAUUCUUGCAGAGAAGACUGAAAGAUGUAAUGACUGAAGCUGAGGACAAGUUCUGGAUCGGACUGACAGACUCAGCAGUAGAGGGCAGAUGGGAGUGGGCGGACAGAUCACCACUGAAUGAAAGUUUGAAGUUUUGGAAUCGCAACGAGCCAGACAAUUGGAAUGGGACAAAUGGGACACAUCCUGGUGGAGAGAACUGUGCAAGGAUGGGAGAGAAAGGUGGAGCUAAAGAUCUGAAGUGUUGGUUUGAUGCAUUUUGCUCAAAGCCUCACAGAAGUAUUUGUGAGAAAGCAGGAGUAAAAGGACAGAUUAAAAAAGUAUGUGACUGAAAUUCACAUAUGAAACACCAGAGUGGAGUGAUGCAAUUUUCAAAAGUAAUAUCACAAACAGGAAAAAGGGAACACAAUGAAAUAAGCAUCAGUAAUAGUUUGUAUCUGAUAUUUUUCCUUAGUGAUGUGAUUAUUAUGUGC